AAUUCUCUUACGAAAGUCAAAGAAGCAUGACUAAUAACCCAGAGAAAACGAAAGUGGAUGAUGUUGAGGAGGAAGAGAGAGAAGAUUCUGAUGAGCAAUGUAGCGAUGAAGAGACUGAUACGAGAGAAAUCGUUCUUGGCCUCCCUGCUUUGAGUAUCAGCAGUAGAAUAUUUGUUGAUAGUAGUAACGUCGCUUUCGUUGAAGACGAUGUAGAGAAAGCGCGUUUGAAUGAGCAAGCGGUUCUUGCGGCGGGGUUGGUUUUGGCUGCGGCAGAGGAAGCGGUUAUGAAAGGAGUGAAUGAGGGCAGUGGGAGUGGUGGGAAGAAAAAGAGUAGACCAAGGACAUCGACGAAAACCGGUGAUGAAGCGGAUGGUUCUGGUAAAGGAGAAGCGAAAAAGCCGAAGAAGAAAGCAUCGGAAUUGACUCAUCCACCAAAAGGACCACCGGAAUGUCACAUCUGUGGACGACGUUUCGUUUCUUGGAAGGCUGUGUUUGGACAUAUGAGGGCGCAUAAAGAUAGAAACUAUCAAGGAUUUCUUCCUCCUCCUACGUUCUCUGCGGCUGAUGUUGUUUCCAUUCCCGGACUAAACUCCGCUUUUGCUAUUGUUACUGCCGGAGGAGGAAGUUGUGGUGGUAUUGCUGUAGGAGGAGGAAGUUCUGGUGGUAUUUCUGGAGCAGGAGGAAGUACCGGUGGUGUUUCUGGCAGUGUUGGUGCUGGUGGUGCUUCGGGACGUGAAAGUGGGAAAGGUUCAGGUAUUGAUUUGAAUGUGGAUCCUAUAGAGGAAGCAAAGGAGGCGGUUGAAUCUGGAUUUAUUGCCAAGUUUGAUCUCAAUAAAUCGCCACCAAAAGAUGAAGAUGAAGAGGACAAAACUAAGUGAAUUUUUUUUCAUACUUUUUAAUAUUUA